GGGACGAUUUUUCUACGUUCCCUGAUCCCUUCACCUCUCUCUGUCUCUCUCAGUUUCAGUGGAGAACCUGGGCAGUGCAAAUCGCAGUUUGCAGGAGUUAAAGCUUCAAUCGCCGGACGGUUAAAGGUAUAUCUAGGAAAGAUGGGCAUCAUAGAAAAAAUAAAAGAAAUUGAAGCUGAAAUGGCACGGACACAGAAAAAUAAAGCCACAGAGUACCAUCUUGGACAACUCAAGGCAAAGAUAGCAAAGUUAAGGACACAGUUGUUGGAGCCUCCAAAAGGUUCUAGUGGAGCUGGAGAGGGUUUUGAAGUCACAAAAUUUGGUCACGGACGCGUUGCAUUAAUUGGAUUUCCAAGUGUGGGGAAGUCAACACUUUUAACUCAGUUAACGGGGACACAUUCUGAAGCUGCAUCCUAUGAGUUCACAACACUUACGUGUAUUCCUGGUAUUAUCCAUUACAAUGACACUAAAAUUCAACUUCUUGACCUUCCUGGAAUCAUUGAAGGUGCUUCAGAAGGCAAGGGACGUGGUAGGCAGGUUAUUGCGGUGUCCAAAUCAUCAGACAUCGUGUUGAUGGUUCUUGAUGCUUCUAAAAGUGAGGGUCAUCGCCAAAUACUUACAAGGGAGCUUGAAGCUGUGGGCUUGCGCUUAAACAAGAGACCGCCUCAAAUAUACUUUAAGAAGAAAAAGACGGGGGGCAUUUCUUUUAACAGCACAAUGCCUCUGACUCAUGUGGAUGAGAAACUUUGCUACCAAAUUCUUCAUGAAUACAAGAUACACAACGCAGAGGUGUUAUUCCGUGAAGAUGCGACAGUAGAUGAUCUCAUAGAUGUAAUUGAGGGAAAUCGUAAGUACAUGAAGUGUAUAUAUGUCUACAACAAAAUUGAUGUCAUUGGUAUUGAUGAUGUCGACAGACUAGCCCGGCAGCCAAAUUCCAUUGUCAUUAGUUGCAACCUGAGGCUGAAUUUAGACAGACUACUAGCGAAGAUGUGGGAGGCAAUGGGGCUUGUAAGAGUUUACACAAAGCCACAGGGGCAGCAACCUGAUUUCGCAGAUCCUGUAGUUCUUUCUUCUGACAGAGGUGGCUGUACGGUAGAAGACUUCUGUAACCACAUACAUAGAAAUCUGGUGAAAGAGGUGAAAUACGUGCUUGUAUGGGGCACAAGUGCAAGGCACUAUCCACAGCAUUGUGGUCUUUCUCAGGUUCUCCAUGAUGAGGAUGUGGUUCAAAUUGUAAAGAAAAAGGAGAAGGAAGAGGGGGGCAGAGGUCGGUUUAAGUCGCACUCAAAUGCUCCUGCUCGAAUAUCUGACAGAGAAAAGAAAGCUCCAUUGAAGACAUGAUUACAACAACAUACCUGGUCUAUGAAAACUUGGUUUGAAAUCUUCUUCUGUGCGAGUGACCUUGAAUAAUGAUAAACGGCUAAAAGUAUUAUUUGUUCAAGGGAACAGUAGUGCUAACAUGGUACCAGUACUGGGGGUGCAGUGUUAGGUUCUCUCUCAGGAUGAGCUAUAGUCAAAGGUGACCAGUUCAUAUUCAUAUGUGGUCAUUUAUUUAAGAUGAAAUUUUGAGAAAAUUAGUGUUUUGCUGGGUUCACAAAGUUUCUUUACCAUAGAUUGGGUACUUUUUUGGG